AUGCUUUCUCUACUAUCGCGACUGACAGGCGGAGACAGGAACGCUUGUUUGAAGAUCUGCUUACAGAAUGACUUUUUGUUCUUGAGAGGGACCAGAAGCGAGGCCGGGGAACAACCAUUGAAUGGCGUGAUCAGUCUGCAGUUACCAGCUGGACAGCAUGCAAACGGCGUACGGCUUCGGAUGGUUGGUUUUCUGAGGUGCAGGGAUCAUGAUAUAAGCUCAAGUUCUCCUAGUUCCUUUAGAACUGUUCGUGUCUUUGAGCAUGAAUGGGCGCCGUUCAUCAUCGACCAUAGUCUGAAAGUCGACUCUGCCCAAUCACCAAACAUCGAGACACACGAAUGGCCUUUCGAAUUCAUGAUUCCGGGCGAUACUCCAGAGACCUUUCGCGGAUGUAGUUGUUGCAGCGUCACCUACCAGCUUACUGGAACCACGAUACGAGGGAAAUCAUCAACGGCAACUCCACAAGCAUAUCAGCCAAUACGAAUCAGUAGGACACUGCAAAACUCCGAGUUUGAGCUAAUGGAUCCAACAACCAUGGAGGGAACGUGGGGGGACAGGAUAUCUUACUGCAUCUCUAUUGGACAUCGGGCAGUUGCCCUGGGGACAGCCAUUCCGUUGGAAAUGCGUCUGACGCCACUGGAUAAGAAGUCGAAGAUCUCGAAGGUCAGGUGCGAACUUUUGGAGAGCCAUAAAUUUGACUAUGGGGGGCCUCGCCCUUUAACAUCCUUUAGUGGGGAAAGGCAGGUUGCUGAAUGGUUUGCUACCGUGGAAAGUCAAGAGGACUCUGCACGACAAGAAUACCGAAUCACUCAAAAGCUUCCACUUCCGAAUGAACCAAAGAGAUGCUCCCCAGACGUUGACAUGGACAAUCUCAGCACGAACCAUGUCCUUCAUGUUGAGGUAGAUGUGGCCGAACCUGGAGAUGACUUAUUCAGGGCGCGUUACCAUGCUACCAUUCCUAUUGUUUUGUUUAUUUCUCCAAAGAUACCCAUCGAUGCGUCUGAAAAUUUUGUUCGACCAAAGAGUCCCACCGGGGAAUGCCUGCCAAUGUUGUUUGGGGGCUUGGAUGUGCCGCCUUUGUAUGGCGAACAUAAGUGCGAUAAAAUCUUGGAGCAGACCAGCUGGGAAACCCCAGUGUAA